AUGGAGGCGUUCAAAUCCCUCUUCGCAAAGCCCGACCCCCAGGCACAGGCCCGAAAAUGCAACGCCAUGAUCCGGUCCAACAUCCGGAAACUCGAUCGCGACAUCGCCCAGGUCAAGCAGGUCGAGAUCAAGACGAAGAACCUCAUCCUGGCGGCGGACAAGCGCGCCCAGCGAGACCCGACGAGAGCCAAGCAGGCGCAGAAGGAAGUCCGGGACUUUGCGCGCGAGCUCGUCCGCGCGCGCAAGACGUCGGGGCGGCUCAUCACGUCCAAGGCGCAGCUCAACUCGGUGCAGAUGCAGGUCAACGAGGCCUUUGCCGUCCGCAAGAUUGAGGGCUCGAUCCGGGCCAGCGUCGGCAUCAUGAAGGACGUCAACCACCUCAUCCGGCUGCCCGAGCUGUCCGGCACCAUGCGCGAGCUCAGCGUCGAGCUGAUGAAGGCGGGCAUCAUUGAGGAGAUGGUUGACGAGACGCUGCCCGAGGACGUUGACCUGCUGGGAGAGGACGAAGAGGCCGAGGGCGAGAUUGAAAAGAUCCUGGGAGAGGUCCUUGCCCGAAAGGAGCCAUCUCUGCCUGCCGCUCCGGUGCCCGAGCCGCAGAAGCCGGUGGCGGCGGCGGAGGAAGAGGAGGACGAGGAAGAUGCAGAGGCAAUGAUGGACCAGAUGAGGAACCGGUUAGAUGCUUUGCGCAGCUAG